CUCGGAUUGGAAUUGGAUUGGACGUAAGCUGCCGCCCAUAAAUACGAGGGAGAGAAAAGUGACUGUGAGAAGCCAGCCAGCCAGCAAGCCAAAGAGAAGAGAAGAGAAGAGAAGAGAAGCCAGCCAGCAAGCCCAAAAAUGAUUUCGGCCGGCCGGCCAAGGUGGAUCUCAAGUAUGAAGACGAUCAUCCGGUAAUCGGGCAAGGAGUAUGCAGAAAGGUGAUGAAGCAGCUGCACGAGACCUAUGCCUCUUUGCUUGAUGGCAAGCAAUUCGCCUACGAUGGCGACAAAAGCCUCUUCACCUCUGGGCCUCUCCCAUUUGCCACCAAUGAUUUUGACGUUGUCAUAGAUGGCGAUGCUUUGUCCAGAAAGAUUGCAACGAGCCAGAGCCCGGGAGCAGAUGGCAGUCCAGGACCAAGCGACAAGAAAAGAAUGAAACAGGCAGGACAGAGCAAAAGGUUCAAGGUGGAUAUCACCUUCACAGCAAAGGUUCCGAUCAGUGCCAUUGCCCUCGUCCUUGGUGGCGGUCAGGAAUCUGAGAACUCGCAGGAGGUUCUUCGGGUUCUUGACAUCAUUCUGAGGCAGCACGCUGCAAGACAGAAUCGCCUCUUAGUCCGACAGUCUUUUUUCCGUAGAGAUUCCGAUUGCAUCAAGUUGGGUGGCGGUGUUCUAGGUUGUCAGGGUUUUCAUUCUAGCAUUCGACCCACUCAAAGUGGGCUUUUACUCAAUUGUGAUUUGUCCACCACUAUGGUAGUGGAACCUGGGCCUGUGAUUGCAUUUCUGCUCUCCAACCAGGGUGUCAAGGACACUUCUAGCAUUGACUGGGGCAAAGCUAAACGGGCACUGAAUAAAUUAAGGAUUGAAACCACUCACACGAAGGCGGAAUUUAGGAUUGUCGGAUUGUCCGAAAACAGUUGCUAUAACCAGACGUUCCCACUAAAGCAAAAAGAUGGCAACGGUACUGUGGAUGUAACUGUCUAUGAUUACUUCAUGGACCGUUGGUCGAUGAAGCUGGAGAAGUCUGCUCAUAUGCCAUGUCUAAAUGUGGGGAAGCCAAACCGCCCAACAUACCUCCCGCUGGAGGUUUGCCGCCUAGUGCCAUUGCAAAGGUAUAAAAGGUCUUUGUCCACGUCGCAAAGGUCAAAGCUGGUGGAGGCAUCCAGGCAGAGGCCGGAUCAGAGGAUGUCGAAGUUGUAUGGUGAGUUGCGUGCCAAUAAUUAUGAUUCCGAGCCAAUGAUGAAGGAAUGCGGCAUAUCAAUAGUUCCAGACUUUACCCAGGUUCAGGGUAGAGUCCUUGAGGCACCACAGUUAAGCGCUGCAGAUGGUAGACAACUAUAUACACCUAAUGGGAGGUGGAAUUUCAAUAAAAAUAGGUUUUUUCGGCCGAUUGACUUUAAGAAGACCUGGCCAUGGGGAGUUGUUGAUUUUUCUACACGACGUGAUGUUGAACAUCUUGUCGAGCACCCUCUCCAAUCCGGUAGCGAGAAGGGAAUCGUAAGUUCACUGCUUCACCUGAUAUUGAGCCUUUUCAAAUGUCUUAGCCAGUUUGAUUUGCAGAGUAUGGAGAAAUAUAGCGCUGUAAUUCAGGAGAUUCAUAAAAUGAAACAUCAAUCUCCGGCAAAAAGGGUGGAGGAUAUGUUUCGGCAGGUAAAUAUAGCAUUCGGAGGAAAUAAUCCAGAGUUUCUCCUGUGUUUUCUUCCUGAGAAGAACUCUGACAUAUAUGGACCAUGGAAGCGUGAAUGCCUUGCACAACGUGGCAUUGUUACACAAUGCUUGGUUCCUCCUCCCAACGUCAAAGAUCAGUACCUCACAAAUGUGCUGCUAAAGAUAAAUGCCAAGCUUGGCGGGUUAAAUUCAUUGCUGAAAAAGGAAAUAACCCAUGCUAUUCCUCACGUGUCGAGGAUUCCAACCAUCAUCUUUGGUAUGGAUGUUUCCCAUGGUUCACCAGGACGUGACGUGCCAUCGGUUGCUGCAGUUGUUAGUUCAUUGGAGUGGCCAAUCAUCUCAAAAUACAGAGCUUCUGUGUGCACUCUGCCACCCAGGCAGGAAAUGAUCAAAACCUUGUUUAAGCAAGAUGGAGAUACUGAUCAUGGCCUCAUUAAGGAUUCACUAGUUGCCUUCCUCGGAAAAAACAAUAAACCGAAGCCGGAACAAAUUAUCAUUUUCAGGGAUGGGGUUAGUGAGAGCCAGUUCGAUCAGGUGUUGAAUGAUGAGCUAGGCCAGAUCAUGGAGGCAUGCAAGUUUUUUGGCGACAAGCAUUUUGGUGGCAACUGGUUCCCCAAGUUCACAGUGAUAGUUGCACAGAAGAAUCAUCACACAAGAUUUUUCUUGCGGAAUGGAGUGAAUAAUGUUCCCCCUGGUACUGUGGUUGAUGGAGUAAUCUGCCAUCCCAGGAACUAUGAUUUCUACAUGUGUGCUCAUGCUGGCAUUAUCGGGACUACAAGGCCAACACACUACCAUGUGCUCCAUGAUGAGAUAGGCUUCUCUACUGACGAUCUGCAGGAGCUCGUGCACUCCCUGUCCUACACGUAUCAGAGGAGCACCACAGCCAUCUCAGUAGUUGCUCCCAUCUACUAUGCACACCUUGCCGCGGCGCAUGUGGCCAAGUUCACCAAGCUCGAUGACGGCAUGUCGGAGACGUCAUCCCAAGCUGAGGCUGCGCCGGUGCCGGAGCUGCCUUUUCUGCAUCCCAAUGUGGCAUCGUCCAUGUUCUUCUGCUGAGUCGUCCCGCGGUUUGCCCAUCGUCCGUUAUUAGUGACUGGAACUUUAUCAAAUGCUACAUGGAACUGAAUGGCGCUUUUGGUUUUAGCUGCUAGUAGAUUUAAUGGAUGUUAUGUGGAAGAACAAUCUUUGAUUGCUACCAUAUGGUACUUUUGGAGCUCCUUGGCAAUAAUAUAUAAUCUGAACUUUCGAUAGUCA